AUGGCUUCGAACUUGGAGACUAUCAAUGUGCCGCAUUUACCGUCUCUGCCGGUGCAUGUUGCUCUAUAUCGCGAUGUUCAAAAUGCUGCCUUCUUGAAAGGACAGCUUCUUGCUGGCAAUGCAGAAUUCGAAUAUGCUCUGAUUGAUGCAAGCAUGGUUCUUUCAAGGGCACAUGCCACUGCUGCUGUGUUCAGAGCCGUCAAUGACUAUAUGCACAAUCGACUGAAGUCUCGCAACGUGCAUUCCGAAAUUGUAUUCUCGUUCAACUCUACCAAUAAUAUUGCCGAGUCAUUCCGCAGAUUCGGCAUUGCCGAUUCAACCAAAGACCUCUUGGUAGUCAAAGUCUCUGUCUCGCCAGAGAUAACACAUGAGUCUGUCGCCGCCCAUCUUGGCGCCUCAGUUCAAGGGACUUCUGUACCUUUCGAUGAUAAGACACUUUCUGAAGUCUCCGAUGUCAGCAAAAUCAAGAAAGUGUACAAGUUGGGAGCUUUGCCUUCACCACCCAAGGCAAUAGAUCAAUCCAAUGGCACAAAUGAUGAAUUGAAGCAACGACUUGAAAAUGCCUUACUGGCAGCAAUUGCCCUGAGGGGAUCAUGA